CGGUGGAAAAGACAAAUAAAAGUAGUUUAGGGGAGUUGAGUAUAAUUAACCAAAAUGUGAUGCUUCUGAGAAGCGAUGAUACAUUGACUUUGGUGAGAGAAGGAGGCAAGUCAACUCAAAAUGCUAAUAAUGUGUAUGCAUGAAUAUUCUUAUCAGAGUACUCUGUCCUUAGUCUUUCAGCACUAAUUAUCAGGAGUUCAUAAGAAGAUGGCAUUGCCUUCCACACGAUUGGCCAGUAGCAACAUCAGUAAUUUCGAUUAUAUCAUCAAUGUUGAGGAUAGUUAUCGGAGCUGGUCCGUACUCCUUUACAAGGCCCUAAACCAGGGCAACUGGGAAACCGUGGAGACAAUUGUAAUGCAACAACCGGCUGCGAUCACAGCAAGGCUGACACCGUUUGCUGAGACACCGCUCCUGGUGGCUGUCAAGGCCGGGCAAGGGCUGCCCUUUAUAAGGAAGCUACUGCAUUUUAUGCAGCCAGAGGCGCUGGCCCUGACUGAUUACUUUGGCAACACUGCCCUCCAUGCAGUGGCGGUGCUAGGAAACAUCCAAGCAGCCAGGCUGUUUGUGGAGCAAAACCGCAAUUUGCUGAAUAUUUGGAACAUUGAUGGAUGUCUGCCAAUCCACUUGGCUGCUAUGAGAGGGCACAGAGAGAUGACAUUGUACUUAUUUUCUGUCACCAGAGAAGAUAAAAAUUUGGAACCGUUCAACGAAGCUGCUGGUGCCACACUUGUGCAUUUUGCUCUCACUUCUGGAUUCUAUGAUUUGGCUCUAUAUUUGGUCGAGCACAACCCAGGCUUGGCAUGGCAGCAUGAGGAUAUCUCUCCCUUGGAACUGUUGGCCCAAGAGCCUUCUGCUUUUCCAAGCGGAAUGGACUUUAAUUUUUGGCAGUUCUUCAUGUAUUCCUGUGUUCCUGAGAAGCUAGUUGAGAUUCCAGAGAGCUUAGUGGGCUUGACGAGAUCACCAAAAAUUUCUUCCUUUAAGCCGCAGAGGCGUUGCAGUAAUCAAUUUUCAAGAGCUUAUGAAGAGUUGCAUGUAAUACUUUGGAAGGUGCUUGAAACAUUAGCCAAGCCCUUCAAACACAUUCGUCACAGAAAAGCCAUGCAUCAUCAAGCACUUCAACUGAUAAAACAAGUGUGCGCAGAAAUUAGACGCUUGGAUAAUGCAAAAGCUGCAUCAAUACUCACAGGGCCAUUCCUUCUUGGGACACAAAACGGAAUACAUGAAAUUGUCAAAGAAAUUUUGGACUCCUUUCCUCAAGCAAUAACCUUUGUAGAUGAAGAGAACCACUCAGUGUUUCAUCUUGCAGUAAUGUACCGUCAUGAGAAGGUAUUUAAGAUUGUUCAUGAACAGAGUGGACAUUAUAAUAUGUCAUUAUCACUGUUGCUGGAUAACGAGAGGAACAAUAUACUACACUUGGCGGGAUAUAGACCCCAUCUAGACCGACUUGAUCUGAGCUCUGGAGCUGUUCUUAGGAUGCAGCGCGAGCUGCAAUGGUUCAAGGAAGUAGAGAAAUUUGUACUGCCCCAAGAAAGGAAGUCCAAGAAUGCUUAUGGUAAGACACCAUUGGCGAUAUUUAAUGAGGAACAUCGUGAAGUAGCCGCGUAUGAAACACAAUGGAUGAUAGGCAUGGCAACUUCAUGCACAGUUGCUGCAUCGCUCAUUGCCACUGUUGCAUUUGCUGCUGCAAUUACAGUACCUGGUGGGAACAACAGCAGCGGUCUCCCAAUAUUCUCCAGCGAAAAGGCCUUUCUACUAUUUGCUAUUGCUGAUGCUCUUGCGCUUCUCUCAUCAAUUACAACUGUUCUAUCCUUCUUAUCUAUUUUCACUUCUCGUUACUCAGUCAAUGAUUUCCUAUAUGCGCUGCCCAACAGACUGAUAAUUGGUCUGAUCUCUCUCUUCCUCUCUGUAACAUCUCUGAUGGUUGCCUUUGGUUCUACUAUGUUCCUUGUAGCCGCUAAAAGAAAUAGCCUGAUCCUCGUACCGAUAAUAGCAUUGGCUUGUGUGCCGGUGUCCCUGUUUGCCUACCUACAGCUUCCUCCACUUCUUAAUAUGAUCAAAUCCACAUAUGGUCCCAGCAUAUUUGAUUGAUUAUUGGACUCAAUCGCCAUUCAUGUCAGCGAUCAAAACAAGCCCGAUUACUGCUACGUCAUAUCAACUUCAAAGCAUGCCCGACUGCUGGAGUUCCAUGUGGGUAGUUUGGAACCGGCUAAAUUGCUGAAUCUUGAUCUUUAUUAUACUAUCCGAUCAUUCAAUUAAGUUGAAGACAUGACUAGUUAUCUAUUAUUGUGCUCAAAAAAUGGUCAAAAUGACCGGUGUACAACAAGGCGUCUUUUACUUUGACGGAAGGGAUUAAGUUGUCAUAGAAUAAUGAUGGAUAAAAUGCGAGUUGGGAUUAAGUUAUCGUACUAUAUAUCUUAU